AUGGGGAAGUUCUCUGCAGAGCAAGACUACUUUUUUCGUGAUUGGAGAAACCUUACUUGGGAUGAGGCCAGGAACCACUGCCAGGUCUGUUUUAAAGAGCUGGUGACAGUGACCCCUGUAAACAUCAAAGCCAUCUCCCAGAAUCUCACCUCUGACUGCUGGGUCGGCCUCCGCAAGAACUUCUCCACCACCAACCACUCCAGUAUGCCCUGGUCCCACUGGGCCGACGGGGAACCCCUCAUCUUCCAGAACUGGUACCCCGCGACAGAGACAGCGUCCAGCGACAGCGACAGAGACAGCGCCAGCGACAGCGACAGCGACAGAGACAGCGUCAGCGACAGCGACAGCGACAGAGACAGCGUCAGCGUCACAGCGACAGAGACAGAGACAGCGUCAGCGUCAGAGACAGCGACAUCCACAAACUUUACAGGACUCUGGGAAUCCAACACCCAAAUAAAGACACCCACCACAGCUGCGCCCACGAUGCCCGUAGAAUCAGAUUGUGUUUGUUCAAGUAUGCUGCCGCCGGAGGUCUCUGAGACUACGGUGAACUUCACUGAGGACUCCUGUGUGGCCAUGCUCAGCUUUGGGGCCUGGGUUGAAAAGAACUGCUUUGAGCGUCUGUCUUUCAUAUGUUAUGAAGAUCGUUUUAUUGGCCAAGCCAAUGUGACCAAAAUCACUAAUGAGAGUGUUGUUCUCACAUGGCAACCCGGGCCCGGCACCAUCAGCCGUUACCGCGUCAAAGUCAAAGAGCUCAAAACGAUCGAGACCAACAGUUUGACCUACGACCUUGUCAGCCUGAUGGCAGGCACCUGCUACUCCGUCCAGGUGUUCCCUGUUAAAUGUGAGAGAGACCUCAACCCGCAGGAGGUCGUCUUCUACACCACACCAAACAAAGUAGAAAACCUUAAGGUCAUCAACGUGACAGAAACCUCAGUCUCCCUGAGCUGGAACAAACCAGCUGGAAACGUGUCUUUCUAUCUUAUUAAGGUCGAGGGUGAUAAGCCUAUUCGAAGUGACACAGAGGGCAAAGAAGUCGGCAGUUUGAUACCCGGACAGCGUUACACAUUCACUGUCCUCUCAGGAGUCGCAGAUAAUAAGACACAUAGUGAAGAGUCCAACAUCACACAACACACCAAGCCCGGCAGAGUGUCUAACCUGGGUGUGUAUGAGAAUACCAAAAACUCGCUGCUGCUUAGCUGGAUGAAACCUGAAGGACACUACACAGGUUUCAGGGUGAAGGCCAUGACGGACAGUAAUGACGAGUUGUUUCAUCAAAACGUGACCAAAACAGAGGUGACAGUAACAGGACUGCCAAUGAGCACCAAGAUAACCCUCAGUGUGACAGCACUGACAGCCAGUGACACUCUGGAAGGAGACACUGUCACUGUCGUCAACUACACCGCUCCUGGACCAAUUUCAGACCUGGUCCUGGGCACAGAAUCUAGCUCCAUCCACGCCAGUUGGAAGUCACCUGGGGGGAAUUCUUUAUCUUUCACUGUCGAGCUCCAGCUGGAUGGCAAACAUGAGUGCACAGUAUCAAAUCUCACUGAACCCAUGAUGUACUUUUACAAUCUGAAGGCUGCAGCCAAUUACACAGUGAUCGUCAGCACCUUUAGUGGACAUCUCGAAGGCCCGCAAGACAGUUCCUCCAGUUUCACCAAGCUGGUGCCGCCUUCUAAUGCCAGCGUAAUUUCCUCUGAUAAAAACCAGAUCUCCUUCCAGUGGACUCCCCCUGACAACACAGCAAAAGUCCAUUACAGGGUCCAACUCAGCGCCAGCUUCUGGGGCUACAACCAGUCCAAGGUUUUGCAUGACGAAACCAAACACACGUUUGUCAACUUGAAAUCAGGAACUAAGUACGACUUUGAAGUGCGCACAUUGUUGAAUGAAGAUUUAAGUGAUGCAGCAGUUGUGUCACAUUGUACAGAAUCAGAGAAAAGGGAAAUCAGUCUGUCUAUGAUGUGCUCAUCAGCUACAUCCCUCCUCUGUGAUGAAACCACCACAAGGGACGAUGUAUUUGAGCAGUUAAAAAACCAUUUCGGAGAGCUAUUGGGGGACAGUAUUGUCUGGAAACUCGAGAAGCGGGUAAUUGAAAGCAAAGGAGCAAUAGAAACAUAAUUAUUUAUUUUUAUUAUUAUUAAUGUUUAAUUGGUAUCGGUGAAGGUAUUUUAAAUGUUUUCAAUGUUUUUUUCUUUUUUUGCACUGUACUGUUGCUUAGAAAAUCAAAUAUUAAGCCACAGUGUGUCAUAUUAAGUAAAUAUAAAUUCAGAUUUUAUU